CCCGGGACUAGUGUUUUUCACUUACCCCCAAUAAAAAUACAAAUUUUGACUCCUCAACACUGCCAGAUUUUCUCGAAUAAACCUUCGUCUGCACGACCGACAUGAUAUGAAGACAGUCAUCAAACAAGCCCUUUUGCUGUAAUCAGAGCAAACAAUGAGGGAGAGUCCUAGGAGACCCAUCAUCCUGAAGAGGAGGAAAUUGCCUUUUCAGAAGAGUGAAUCUAAUAAUGAUGGGUGUGAUGAGACGGACGGACCACGCUGUAAGGUCAAACCGUCCCCGUCCACCACCCGUUGCUUCCCUGAUGGCAUCCGCAUCAUGGACCACCCCACAAUGCCUGACACACAAGUGGUGGUGAUACCUUCGGCUGCUGAUCUUCAGAGUGUCAUCAGUGCCCUGACAGCCAAAGGGAAGGAGUGUGGCCCUCAGGGGCGCAACAAAUUUAUCCUGCUUAGUGGCAGCACCAGUUUGGAGGAGGAAGAUAAAACUCUUGGGCACGUUUCUACGGAAACCAAGGCUGAUUUUGGGAGUGAAGGCCUGACGCUAACAGGACCACAGGGAGGUGUGCCAUCAGAGGUCACCAUGGAAACUAAGCCCACAUUAAAAAAAUUGAAAAAAGAGGCGCAGUGCUGCCCGCUUGAUGACAGUCUAACGAACAUCCAGUGGCUGGGGAAAAUGAGCAGCGAUGGGCUUGAAUCGAAAACAGACCAGACAUGCCCCAGCAAGGACAAUCCAAGCAGCUGUCAUCAGCUUCAACAGCUACCCAGAAUUCCAGAGGAGGUGAAAGACCCUCAGUCCGAGCGACCCCCAUAUUCCUACAUGGCCAUGAUCCAGUUCGCUAUUAACAGCAAGAAAAACAGGCAGAUGACCCUGAAGGAAAUUUACAAUUGGAUUGAAGACCAUUUCCCCUACUUCAGAAGCGUAGCAAAACCUGGGUGGAAGAAUUCCAUUCGUCACAAUCUCUCACUGCAUGACAUGUUCAUCCGUGAGACAUCUCCUGAUGGCAAGAUCUCCUAUUGGACAAUUCGACCAGAAGCAAACCGCUGUCUCACUCUGGACCAGGUCUAUAAGCCUUUGGCUGACCCUGUGACUCCCAGUUGCGUUCAGACCACACAAGUUGUUUACCAACAACAACAGAAGAAAUUUCCAGCAGUGCUGAAGAAUGUGAUGCCUGCAAGUUGCACAGAGAGGAAGAUGAAGCCUCUUCUCCCUCGGACGGACUCAUAUUUGGUUCCCAUCCAGCUGCCUCUGACUCCAUCACUCUUCCUGUCCUCCUCCAGCCCUGUCUCUCUCUCCACCCCUCCACUACCUCAAAGUUCUUCCACGCCAAGCUCCAGUGGAGGAAAGAGAGUCCGGAUUGCCCCCAAGGUCUCAAUGAGUGGCAUGAGCUCGGUGAUGCUGUGUACUGCCUCUCAGGAGCUGAAGGAGGAGCCUCUCUGUAUACCAGUGUCUCCUGAGGUGUCUGUAGAUCCACCCCCUAAAUAUCGGCAACGAGAGUACAGCAGCUCUCGCCGCAAACAGCGUCUGGUCCUGCCGGCCACCGAGGAACCUGUCCUGCUGUACCCCGACAGCACUCUCUUUGACUCGGGCGUGGUCUCCGACAUCUCCGCCUUCCAGGACAUCCGAGAGGCAGAGCCUGACCCAGAAUCCCAGCCCAACCCUAAACCUUUACCUGAUAGCCCCUAUAGGGAGUACACUUUCAAAACCCCGAUCAAGAGCAGCCACCCAUCCUCGUCGACACCCAGCAAGCCGCCCGCAGCUCUGGAGCCCUGGAGAAUCACUCCCGUUGGAAAAGGCGGCGUGCUGGACUUCAGCCCCAUCCGUUUGCCCAGUGGGCCACAGCUCACUCCACAAAGACACGAACACACGGCCUUCAGUUUCAACAGCACACCCUUUAAGGAGUUACCUCUUUUCAACUCCCCCCGAGAGCUACUCACCAAUGCCCUCUCAUCGCCGAGACGUCCCACCCCUGCCUGCUCCAGGGAGCUGCAGGUAGGGUCCACCACCCGCUCUCUUACCGAAGGUCUUGUCCUGGACACAAUGAAUGACAGCUUGAGUAAAAUCCUAGUGGAUAUCAGCUUUUCCGGGCUGGAGGACGAUGAUCUUGGAAUGGGUAAUAUCAGUUGGUCCCAAUUUAUCCCUGAACUGAAAUAAUUGAAUAUCAGUAGCAUAUUUGAUAUUUUAUCCGAGCUGCUCACGCUUCCUCCACUGCCUCUGAUUCUUAUUUACUUAUGCUUGGUCUUACUGUACAUGUAUUUUCUUGUAUUUGAUUAUAAUUUUCUUAAUUUCACUGCUGACAAAUGUUGCUAUUUCACUGCCUUUUACUGUAUAUGUUUCAGAUGUGUUGCCCAUUAUUUGCUUUAUUUGAGGUGUGCGAGCAAAGCUGUUGUUUGACGAAUGUACUUAGAUAUAAAUAAUUUGCACAAGUUGUUUUUUAUAUAGGAGUGAGUGAGUGUGUAUUGUAAAAUAUGUAAGUGGACAUACAUAUUUAUCAGAUUAAUUAAUUUACACUACCCUGCAAGAAUUUUACAGUGUUUUCUUUGUUUUGGAAUGAUUUUUAACAACCUGGAUCAAAGAAUUGGACAGAAAAAAUGCCAUACAACAGUAUGCUCUGUAAGAAGAGAUUUUAAAAGAAGUGGGGAUGAGAAAUCUGCACACAAUCUGUAUUCUUAGAAUGAAAGGUUGGUUGUCAAUUACAGAUGAUCAAAUACAUGUUGCACUUUGUUUUUACAGUUUUAGAACUUCCAUUGCUUGCCACAGUCAGUUAUCUGGAGUGUAUCAAGCCGCAUAUAACAGUUUAUCUAAUACUGUGUUUUGUCACCGUUUUAAGCACAUCAAAAUAGUGAUUCAUCUCUGUUGCUGCUUUUUUCCAUCCAUGUUCUUUUGACAUCAAGAACAAAAAGACAUUUGUUAGCGUUUGACCAUGAUUCAGAGAGAUUUGUGAUUCAUUGCAAAGUUUUAAUGUGCAUUCCCAUUUAUAGAGUGAUUAGAAAGAUAGCAUACAUAGAGUUUAGUUCAUAUGUGCAGAGAAGCAAACCUUACCAUUGAAAUGUAGCUGUGUGAAUUCAUGUUACAUAAUCUUUGUUAAAUUAUAAAAAACAAAAAAACAAGAACAUAUUUAUUGUGUUGGAUGCAUAGGUGGUAUGCGUUCAUAUGAGCAUUAGAAAUAAAUGACUGAUAAUAGGACAUUCACAGACAUUUGACUAUGUUGGUACACUUGUAUUCUGUUAAAUUUCAAAGCCAUACCGGUCCACUUUUGGUACAAAAGAUGACUUCAACAUUCAGAAACUUUGCCUUUGAAAUAAAAUGAUGUGUGACGUUUUGUAAUCCUAUUGAAGACUGUAUUGAAAUAGGACUUCAACCCAUCAUUAUCUCCUUGGCAUUUUAUGGACUGGCUUUGACCAGAAUCUCCAGAUGGUAAUUGUCAU